AUGGACAAUUUUUAUUUAAGGAACGUUGAUGAAAACCGGGCCAUGUGUUCCGAAGUAAUAGAACCGCGAAGUAGCCAUACUUGUCAGGAUAAAGGUACAGCAACGUGGAGACAGGUACGGAAACGUGGAGACAGGUACGGAAACGUGGAUACAGGUACGGAAACGUGGAGACAGGUACAGAAACGUGGAGACAGGUACAGAAACGUGGAGACAGGUACGGAAACGUGGAGACAGGUACAGAAACGUGGAGACAGGUACAGAAACGUGGAGACAGGUACGGAAACGUGGAGACAGGUACAGAAACGUGGAGACAGGUAUAGAAACGUGGAGACAGGUACAGAAACGUGGAGACAGGUACGGAAACGUGGAUACAGGUACAGAAACGUGGAGACGGGUACGGAAACGUGGAUACAGGUACAGAAACGUGGAGACAGGUACGGAAACGUGGAGACAGGUACGGAAACGUGGAGACAGGUACAGAAACGUGGAGACAGGUACGGAAACGUGGAUACAGGUACGGAAACGUGGAGACAGGUACAGAAACGUGGAUACAGGUACGGAAACGUGGAUACAGGUACGGAAACGUGGAUACAGGUACAGAAACGUGGAGACAGGUACGGAAACGUGGAUACAGGUACAGAAACGUGGAUACAGGUACGGAAACGUGGAUACAGGUACAGAAACGUGGAGACAGGUACGGAAACGUGGAUACAGGUACAGAAACGUGGAUACAGGUACAGAAACGUGGAUACAGGUACGGAAACGUGGAGACGGGUACAGAAACGUGGAUACAGGUACGGAAACGUGGAGACAGGUACAGAAACGAGGAGACAGGUACAGAGACGUGGAGACAGGUACGGAAACGAGGAGACAGGUACGGAAACGUGGAUACAGGUACGGAAACGUGGAGACAGGAAAGGAGGAGAAGCCAAAACAAAAAGAAAGAAAACAACACAUUCAGAGCCAUAG